UUUGUUUUUUUUUUUUUUUUUUGGAGUCCCCAUCCGUUACGUAUACCUGUUUUGAAGUUCAACCCCCCCCCUCUAUUUAUGUAAUCUGGUUCCUUACAGGAGUUGUCUAUUCCUGUGUCAAUCCAAUGAUAUGUACUCCAAGUAACCAUCACCUGUAAGCGAGCACAGUCUUCCCAGUAACCCGCACAGCCUAAAGCCUGUUCUCAUUUCGAUAAAAAGAGCAGUUUCUGUCCUCUUUUUUUCCCCCUCACUUUGUUGCUGGAUCAACAAAACUUUUUGUCUACCAUCGUCGUCGUCUUCCCCCCCCCCAUCUGUUCUUAUUCUUAACUUCUCUCAAACCCCAACCUCCAAGUCAUUUGCCAACAGCCGAACUAGUAAACUAAACCAACCCAACAAAAAAAAAUCAUUAUCCAUGCACUUCCGUAUCACCACCUACCUGAUCAUCAUGGGCCUUGCCGCCCAAUGCACGGUGAAUGCGGUUAUCGUUCCCGUAAGAAACUCCAAAAAGACGAAUCCAACUCCCACUGCUCCCACUGCUCCGACUAACGCUAACGCUACCAGCGAAGAAAUCUCCGUCGGCAUCUCGGAGGAGAAGGAGGCGACGGUAGUGGACUCGAACCCAGCUGAGAUCCUGUGGUCCCAUGAAAUUCACCCGAAUUACAUGUAUCCUCCCACACCCUUCGACUCUACAGCUGCAGAGGAAACAGAUAACCUGGUUAAUAAAAUGCUAGAAGAGCACACGCAGCAUGUAACAGCUCGUAGGAGCCCAGACAGUCCUAGAUUCAUCGGUAAUCCCGAGUUUCUCAGCAUCAAAAUCAUAUCCGCAGUCAAGGUUGGCCGAGUGAUGUGUCCGUGUCAUGCAACUUUGAGGGUUGAUCACAACAAGGACUCUAUUUUUAUGGACGUUAGCGCUAUAAAGGUGAGGUGUGUUUUAUACUUUUUAUUUAUCAUGAUCUGACUCAUCUAACGAGGGACAGCAGGGACAGCAGACUGCAGUGAGAAACGGAGAGGGGACGGAGGGAGG